UUGUGCGACGACCCAUUGUCUACGAGCACAAUCACUCGUUGGUCCUUCACCCACGCCGGCAAUCGCAUCGUCCUCGGGCCCUUGGUGCCUGCCAUGGCGUGCACAGAGAUCUCGGCCUCAUCAUCGAGCACCUCGACCUCUUCCUCUUCCCUUUCUUCCACAAACUCUUGCUCCUCAUCACCCGAGUCAAUAAACUCGAUCAAAAAAUUUUGCUUACAUUUAUGGCCCGGGGUGAACCUCUCCUCGCACUUAAAGCACAGUCCCUUCUCAUGCCUCUGAGCCAUCUCUUCGACCGUCAAUCGCUUGAUCUCCGGAAUAGGAGGUCGAAUGUUGCUCGUUGGUUUGACCCCUGUAUUGAACGUGUUCGAGCUAAUCGGCACCCGGCACGGUUCCGGGGCGCAGAGAUCUGCCCGUCCCCUUCGCAUUGCGGCCAGGUGCUCAUAGCACCGUCGAGCGACCUCCAUCGCCUUUUGCAUGGUGUCUGGUUGCUCCAAUCGUACCUCGGCAGCCAAAUCGUACCUAAGUCCUCCAAUGAAUGCACCGACCAAGGCACUCUCGGGCCACCCUC